AUGGUUCAGCCUCUGCAGCCCGUUAGAGAGCAGCAGACAGCGGAGGCUUUGGGUCCAUGGAUGCCGGUAAACGGGUCCGACCGGAGAGGAUCUAACCGCAUGGAGACAUUUGGAGACUGUGUCCUGAAGCAGAGCUACGGGGAGGUGAACCAGCUGGGCGGGAUGUUCGUGAACGGCCGGCCCCUCCCGGCCCCGGUCCGGUUGCGGAUCGUGGAGCUGGCUCAGCUCGGGAUGCGACCCUGCGACAUCAGCCGCCAGCUGCGCGUCUCUCACGGCUGCGUGUCGAAGAUCCUGGCCCGGUUCCACGACACCGGCUCCAUCCUGCCCGGAGCCAUCGGGGGCAGCAAACCCCGGGUCACCACGCCGGCCGUGGUGGACAGCAUCCGGGACUACAAGCAGGGAGACCCGGGCAUCUUCGCCUGGGAGAUCCGGGACCGGCUGCUGUCGGACGGGGUGUGUGACAAGUACAACGUCCCGUCUGUGAGCUCCAUCAGCCGCAUUCUGAGGCACAAGCUGGGGGGUGGUUCUCCUCCUCCGGGCCCUGCGGGGUAUCCGAACCCGUACCCGGGUCCCGGUGCUGGUCCCGGUGCCGGUCAACACGCACACAUGGGCCUCCCGAGGAGCUGGCACAACAUCCUGGGCCUCCGAGCCUUCAUGGACCCGGCAGCACUGUGUGGAUCUGAUGGACACUCAGCUAAAAUGGAGGACUGGACCAGUAUGACCAGUAUGACCAGUAUGAGCAGCAGCAGACCGUUUCCCUCUGGAGUCAACGGAGCGGAGAAAGCCAACAACGAGGACAUCAAAUACUUUCAGCAGUCUUCGUCCAGUCUGCCUGGUUACGUCUCAGCUUGUGCGUAUUCUCCUCAGCACCAGUACGGCAUGUACGGACCUCCAGCUGCCAACUACAUGAGCACUGGGCACCACUGGCAACCCCAGUCCUCCAGUCUCACUCCCAGUCUCACUCCCAGUCUCACUCCCAGUCUCGCUCAGAGUCCUGCAGCACAACAGGAAGCUGCAAAUUUUCACUCUGCAACAUCUUUCAAACUUCCACAAAGAGACGAGGACCGGAAGCCUCAGAGUCCUCUGUUCAAACACCACAGAUUGUCUUCAGCAUCAUGACGACUCUGAGGAAACACGAGAAGAUGUUUGCUGUGACGCUGAAAGACUGAGAGUCAGGCUUUGUUUCUGAGGAGAGUCAAAGUGAGAAGAACUGAAAGGAAAACAUCUCCCAUGACUGUUAAAACUCUUUCUGAUCAACUCCUUUCAGGACCUUGUUUUUUUUAAUUAUUCUGUUUCCCAGGAUGAGCAGCACACAAGACAAUUACAACCAGAAAUGUAAAAUACAUCACUUCUCUUUUUAUUUUAUUUUAACCAUGAACAAGAAACUGAGUUUUAAAGGAGCAAUAAUGAGCUUGUUCAUUUUUUUGCACAGAGUUAGACGAGAAGAUCGAUACCACUCUUAUGCUUAUUAAUUCAAUAUGCAGCCACAGCCGUUUACUGCGUUACUCCUCCCAUCUAACUAAACC